CUGACGCCCUCGCCGACGCCCACGGCCACCACGUCGCCGCGGCGCUCGGCCGCGACCACGCGCCCGCGCGCCGGUUCCUCGACCGCGGCGCGGCCCGGCGGCUCCGCGGCGCGGCGCGCGGCGCGCUGCGGCACCUCGACCGCAACGCCAACGACGCGCUCGACCUCCCGGCGAAGGCGCGCUGCGUCGCCGCCUGGGCCGAGCCCGACCGCGUCGACGACCCGCCCGAGCCGCCGCCGGUUCUGAGCCCGGCGUGGUUCGCGCACCGCGGCGGCGCGGACGGCCGCGCGUACGUCCGGCCCGCCGCGCUCGCGGAGGCCACGGACGAGUUCUUCCCGGAGCACGCGAAGCUGGGCAAGGAGCUCGCCACCGCGCUCCUCCGGCACCGGGAGCAGUUCUGGCGCGAGCACGAGGAGGGGAAGACGUCCGCGUACCUCACGGGCGCCUUCUGCCUCUUCUGCGCCGCCGCGGACUACGCCAUCAUG